AUGGCGGGGGUCAGCCGUAGGAGGGGUCCGCCCGUCCCAGCUCCCCAGCCAGAAGCUGAGGGCAAUGACGAUGAGGAAGGAUCCAGAAUUUCUGGCAGCUCCACUACCGUAUCAGUUCUGUCAGAAUCCACAGUCUCUUCUGAGGCUUCUCCCACCACAGGUUCUGGAAGCUCCACCACCUCUGAAUCCACAGUCUCUUCUGAGGCUUCUCCCACCACAGUUUCUGGCAGCUCCACUACCGUGUCAGUUCUGUCAGAAUCCACAGUCUCUUCUGAGGCUUCUCCCACCACAGGUUCUGGAAGCUCCACUACCGUAUCAGUUCUGCCUGAAUCCACAGUCUCUUCUGAGGUUUCUCCCACCACAGUUUCUGGAAGCUCCACUACCAUAUCAGUUCUCUCCACCACCAUAUCAGUUCUGUCAGAAUCCACAGUCUCUUCUGAGAGUUACAACACCACAUCUGAUCAGUCUGAAUCCACAAUCUCUUCUGAGGGUUCCCCUACCACAGUUCCUGGAAGCACCAUCACCACAUCAGGUGUGUCAGAAUCCACAGUGUCUUCUGAGGGUUCCCUAACCACCCUCCUACUGAGUUCCACCACCACAUUUCAUGAAUCUGAAUCCACAGUCUCUUCUGAGAGUUUCCACACCUCACCAAUCUGA